UAUAUAUAUCGAUUAAACGGUUUGUGCAGAAAUUGACCGAUUUUUCAUUUCUGGUGACACUCGUAGAGUUUUUCUUCCGAUAUCGCCCAAGAUAAUGUGAUUUGCAAAUACUGAGUUUUCAUCCUGUUUAACCUUCGUCCCGUUAAUCGCAGGUGAGAUAGAUUGGCGCGUGCAAGGGGAGACCGAGCGUGCAGCGGGGAAUUGCCUGGGACCUGGAGGAUUGGAGAGGUAAACGCACUGCAGUUGCACGGCUGGUUGAAAGAAAACUAGGUUGUAUCCGUGUAGGAGUGCAGCGUAGGCGAUUUUGUCUCGCAUUUCUCCAUUUGCCAGCGAAUCGAUUGGCGACAUGAUCGAGCAUCAACCAAGUUGACGCGGUCGAUGUAUCAUGGAAAAUCACCCAACUACUAGAUACGCUCAGGAUUGCCCACUGUUUCUGUCGAUAUCCAAGUGACCAUUUUUCUUCUCGACGCGAGCGAAGAUGAUGAACCACUGUCUCAUCUAUCUUCUGCUCCUGCAUUUUUGUACAACAGAGUCCUUUGUUCUCGAAGGAUCUCCAACUUCUUACGCACAAUUUCAAAAAUGGUGCGCUAAUUUAAACAGUUCACUCAGUUUAGAAUUCCAGACCGAAGAACCUAAUGGUUUGUUACUUUACACGGACGACGGCGGAAUUUAUGACUUUUAUGAACUUAAAUUAGUCGAGGGUGCUCUUCGUCUACGUUUUAAUUUAGGCGGGGGUGCAUCCAUCCUGACUGUCGGUAGAAAUCUGCACGAUAGCCAAUGGCACAAAGUCGAAAUUGUAAGAAGCAUCGAAGAAACGGUCCUCCAUGUCGACAACGAAGCGGAACGUCUUCUGUCCAAAAAUUCCGAACUGACUUUUGGCAACCAGACUACGAAUAGUUAUGUAUAUGUGGGUGGACUUCCUUCAUGGUACAAUUCAAAACUAAAUUUACUAGCCCUACCUUCUGUUUUCUUCGAACCCCGUUUCAAAGGAGCCAUCCGCAACGUUGUAUAUUGUAGUGACGAUGGUACCACCAAAAGACAAGAAAUGACCGAAUAUAAGGGUGUUAGGUCUAGUCAGUUCGACAUUUGCGAACAUAACGAUCCUUGUCAAAAUGGUGGGAUUUGCAUAAGUACAGACAGCGGAGCAAUAUGUAACUGUAAAGCUUUGGAUUAUGAGGGUGAACACUGCGAGAAAGAAAAGGCACCGUCAGAAGUAACUUUUAAAGGAACAGAAAUCUUGCAAUAUGAUCUAAGAGGAAGCGGGGGCGAGCCUAUAGUGAGUACCAGUGAAGUGAUAUCGCUUUACUUCAAGACCAAACAAGCGAGCGGUCUCCUAUUCUAUACAGGCAAUGGAGACGAUUUUCUCAAUCUUUCCCUUCGUGGAGGUGGUCUUGUUGUUACUAUUCGUUUAGGUUCUGGUACUAUAGAAAGAAUCGUUCGACCGGGAAAAAUUCGCUUCGACGACAAUCAAUGGCAUCAGGUAGUCAUUAAUCGGCACGUCAGAGAGAUUACACCGUCUACCGGCUUUUGUCAUUUAUCUCUAACUGUGGAUGGAAUCUAUUCUGAAAGAGGUUCGACUGCUGGUAGUUUUGCAUUGCUUUCCAGCAGUCAAAUUUAUUUAGGAGGAAUGGAACUCACUCCAAGUUUAAGAGGAAGAAAUAACUUUGUUGGAUGCUUGAGAAAGGUUGAAUUUCUGGCUGACAGCAUAAAUUUAGAUUUAAUAGAAAUGGCGAAAAGUAACAAUAAAUUAGUUCAACAUCACGGGAGUGUCCAUUAUUACUGUCAAGAAAUUGAUGCUUCUGAUCCAAUCACGUUUACUACGAAAGAAUCUUUUCUAGUUUUGCCCACUUGGGAAAGUAAACGUGGUGGUAGCUUAAAUCUUAAGUUCCGAACUAAUGAACCAAAUGCCGUCCUUCUAUAUAACGGUGGUACUGAAGGAAAUUAUUUUGCAUUAGAACUAUUAGAUGGCCACAUAUUCUUAUUAUUAAAUCUGGGAUCUGACACUGUUAAAGUUCAAGCUACCUCUCGAAAAGUUGCUGAUGGUCACUGGCAUACAGUCUCUCUUCGUAAAACUGGAAAAUCAGGAAGAAUAACUACUGAUGAAUCUUCAGUAGAUUUUACAACUUCAGGUAGAAAAUUAGUAACCAUUUAUUUCUUUAUUAAAUUAAAUGCAAUUGUGAUAGUUUUGCCCACUUGGGAAAGUAAACGUGGUGGUAGCUUAAAUCUUAAGUUCCGAACUAAUGAACCAAAUGCCGUCCUUCUAUAUAACGGUGGUACUGAAGGAAAUUAUUUUGCAUUAGAACUAUUAGAUGGCCACAUAUUCUUAUUAUUAAAUCUGGGAUCUGACACUGUUAAAGUUCAAGCUACCUCUCGAAAAGUUGCUGAUGGUCACUGGCAUACAGUCUCUCUUCGUAAAACUGGAAAAUCAGGAAGAAUAACUACUGAUGAAUCUUCAGUAGAUUUUACAACUUCAGGAAAUUCUAAUCAAUUAGACCUUACAGGACCAUUAUAUGUUGGUGGAAUUGCACCAAAUGAAAAAUUGCCUAGUGAAAUGUGGGCAGGAAAUUUAUUAUAUGGAUUUGUUGGUUGUAUUCGCAAUCUAGUAAUAAAUAGUAAAGCAAUAGAUAUUGCAAGUUAUGCUAAACAGCAAGACUCUGGAAGCAUUCAACCUUCUUGUCAUGCUCCACCUAAUCAUUGUGAUAGUCGUCCAUGUCUUAAUGAAGGAAUUUGUAUACCUGGUUGGAACAGAUUUACUUGUGAUUGUUCUGAUACGCCUUACAUUGGUCCUAUUUGUGCAAAAGCUGCCACUACUGUAAAUUUUGAUGGUGAUCAAUAUAUGAAAAUUAUAUUGGGUGAAGGAUUUCUAUCAGAAGCUGAAGAUAUAGGCCUAAGAUUCCGUACAGCUCAACAGUCAGGAUUAUUAUUUUCUACUCAUUCUAACAAAUCUUCCACAUAUUUGAUUGCUUGUUUAGAAUUGGGAAGAAUUAAAGUCUUGAUAAAUUUGGGAGAAGGUGAUAAGGUAAUAAACGUUUCUGCCACUACUGUAAAUUUUGAUGGUGAUCAAUAUAUGAAAAUUAUAUUGGGUGAAGGAUUUCUAUCAGAAGCUGAAGAUAUAGGCCUAAGAUUCCGUACAGCUCAACAGUCAGGAUUAUUAUUUUCUACUCAUUCUAACAAAUCUUCCACAUAUUUGAUUGCUUGUUUAGAAUUGGGAAGAAUUAAAGUCUUGAUAAAUUUGGGAGAAGGUGAUAAGAUAUAUUUUCAGAUGACAACAAAAUUUGGAGAUAAAGAACAAAUUGUGCAUCAUCCAGUGACUUUUAAAUCUAAAUUCACUUUUAUUGGAUUACCUCAAUUGAAAGCCUAUUUUAUCAUGAAUUUAUACUUCCAAUUUAAAACUUCAGAAUCAAAUGGUUUGAUAUUAUAUAAUAAAGGUAAAGGACAAGAUUUCAUAGCAGUUGAAUUGGUCAAUGGCCAUCUCUACUGUAUUUUUAAUAUGGGUGAUGGACCUCGUAAAAUGAAAUCUAACACUAGAAACACACUUAAUGAUAAUGCUUGGCAUUCUGUUACAAUUAGUAGACUUUUACCAAAUCAACAUACAAUGAUGGUUGAUGAUGUUAUUACAACACUUACUAGCUCAGGAUCUAAUAUUCAUUUAGAUUUAGAUGAUUUAUUGUAUGUUGGUGGUGUUAGAAGAACAAUGUACAGUACACUUCCUCAACCAGUUCGCUCUCGGUAUGGAUUUGAAGGUUGUCUUGCAUCUGUCGAUAUGAUGGGAGAGACAAUUGAUCUUAUACAUGAUGCAAUAAUUCCAAGCACCUUAGUUUCAAAAGGAUGUGCAGAACUAAAACUGAUAAUACUUGUUGGUUUUAGAAAAAAUGAUGAUGAAUGGCAUAAGCUUUGGAUUAAACGUAGAGGUCUUCAAAUAGAAGUUACUAUUGACACAGAAACAGUCAGCCAUGAGUUGAUUGAUCAUAACUCCCUUUUGGAUAUCAAAAAUAUAUAUCUUGGAUUGCAAUUUGGUGAAUAUCAUUCACCUAGUAAGGAUAUUACUGGUUUUGUAGGACAAAUGCAACAUUUUUAUUUCAAUGGAAAACACUACUUCGAAAUGAUAAGAAAUGGACAGAUGAAUAAUUUUCAGAAUUCGAAUGUAAACCUGCUGAAGAAUGCCAUCGGGUCCGAAACACAAAAACAGUGUGUACAAGUGAUAGAUAAACCAGACAGUACAGCUUAUGAGUUUGGACCAGAUACUGGAAUCAUCACUUUUCUAUAUCCAUCAUCUGAUGAACCAGAUACAAAGAGUGAUCUGUUAGCUUUAGGAUUGAUCACAAUGAGUAAAAAUGCAGUUCUUGUAAGAAUUGAUAGUGGUAGUGGCAAUGAUUAUAUUGAAGUUGAAAUUGUUGAUGGAUGUGUUUUUGUAGUCUAUAAUAUGGGUACAGAAGAUCAUCCCAUAGGUGAACCUAGAGUUCAAGUAAAUGAUGGUCGAUAUCAUGUAGUGCGUUUUACACGUUCGGGACCAAAUUCAACAAUACAAGUAGAUAAUCAUAAUAUUCGGUCUAAAAAUCCACGUGGUCGACAAUUAAGCAUCUUUAAUAAUCAUUCCAAAAUUCAAGUUGGAGGGAAAAAAAAUGCUAUUAGAGAUAGUAUAGACAGACCUUUUCAAGGUGUCAUUACAGGUUUAGUAUUUAAUGGAAUCAGAAUUUUAGAUAUGGCAUCAGAAAAUGAUCCUCGCAUUACCAUUAAAGGAGAUGUUGAGUUAUUAAUGUCUCUACCAUAUAACAUGCAUCAGCAAAGAAGUAUUCCUACUCAAAAUGAAAUGCAGCAACAAUCAAGUACCAUUUAUGAUAGUGAUGAUCUAGUUUUUUCUGGAGGUGGUUCUGGAUGCUGGGAUGAUGAAGAUAAUUGUGAUGUAACAGAUUUUGGUUCAGGGGACGAAUUAAUUACACCCGUGUACAUUCCACCAACACCAAAGACCAUUCCGACGACUACCACCACCACUCCGAAACCGACAUACAUGGUAAUCGGGCCAGUCAGAACCGACGACAUGGCGUGCGACGACGAAGAAGAUUGCGAGAGCGAAAACGGAUCGGGUACGGGCGAACCGGCCGUUUCCGGUCCGACGGUCGUACAACAGGUCCCCGAUGUAAUCAAAUUUACAGAGGCUAAAUCGUCUCCUCGCCCUUCGCAAGUCACCGUUUACAACACGGGAUUGGAAGAACCCGUGGAGAGACCUUCGAUUCCACAAAAGCCGACUUUCACCACGACUCUUCCCAUACCCGUCGAAUCUACCACUCGCCUCUCCAUAUACGAGGUUCCCAUUCCAGAAAUGCCCGCCAUAGGGAAAGAUCAGCCGAAACCCCACCACAAAACAAAGAGAUCGGCCGACAACACCGCUCUGGUUAUCGGAAUUAUCGCGGGAAUUUUGAUUAUUAUCGUUUUUAUUGCCUUAAUAGUAUACAGUGUAUGCAGAAGAUCACUAGGUGCGUAUAAGGUAGACGAAGGGAAAACUCUACAGUAUCCUCCCGCAGUUUCCGAAGCACCCGUACCCCCACCCACAUUCCCACAGACUCAAAUGAACGGUAGUGUGAAAACGGCAACUAAAUUAGCCAAGAAAAAAGAUCUGAAAGAAUGGUACGUGUAGCUUUAAUAAUCCACAUUACGUUAUAAUCGAAUACUCGUCAUCUGCUAACAAUAAAAUUAAAAUUAUAUACAUACAAUAAAAAAAUACAAUAACUUGUGCUAACAGAUUCACUUUAAGAACUAAAAAAAUGCUUGGGAAAUAAUAAAUUUGUGAUUUAAUAUUUAUUAAAAAAAACAAACACGAAAACAAACUAUAAGGCCGGCAAUCAAACUAAAUCCGGAGGGAAACGAGUAAAGAAGCACGUCACCGCCGUUAUAUCCGUGAAGUGUAUUAUCAUUAAAAAAAUAUAUUUAAAAAAAUAUACAAAAAAGAAUUCAUUUUGAAUGUCCCACUUCGACAGACCGUUGUUUGUUUACAUUUGUUGCCGUGGAUCAAUACUAAAUACAUUGUACUUCCAGAAUCUAGUAUCGUAGCAUAUCUUGUUUAUCAUUGUGUAAACAUUAGAAUUAUAAUUGUUACGUUAAUAUAAACCAAUUUUGUAGUUGAGAUAAAAGUUGUUUAAUACAGUUAUAAUGUCCUAAAAAAAUCCACAUUUCAUCUUUGGAUAUAAGAAGUUUUCCUCGUCGGAACUCUAAAGAUGCGACUGCAUUUCCGUUGAAAGUAUAAAUUGCACACGAAACUGCGGUGGUUUAUAUAUAAAUAUAUAUAAAUAUACAUAUUGAUUUUUUAAGUUUGUUAGCAAAUUAUCCUGUGAGAUAAAAACAGGACCAAAUUUGUACAUUUUUUAUAAAAUCUUCUAUGUUAUUUACGUAGUGCUUGGAAGUUUUAUUUUAUAUAAAUAUAUGCUUUAAAAUAGGAAAAAAGUAAUUAAAAAAAUCAAUGGCAGUAGAUGCGAAAGAGCAUUGAACUAAAAAAAAAAAAUACUACACCCAAAUCAUAGAGUAACAAAGGCAGCUAUAGAUAAAACUUAUGUGACUACUAUAAUGUGAACCUAUAUAAAUACUUAGCAAAAAAAAAAAGGAUGUUAAAAAAGAUCUUUGUGUUGUCUGUUUACUGGGCACAGUAAUUAAUAUUGUACAUUUUUUUUUGACAGUUUAAGAACACAAUGAGAUUUAUCUGAAAUUAUCUACCAAAAAAUCAAAUUUCAUGAUCAUUAAAACAUUUCAUUAUUUCA